AUGGUCCAACUGGAUUCGAGGUACGCCUUCGUGACCUUCAAGUUUGCCGCAGAUGCAGACUGCGCAGUGGUGGACACCCAGCACUUCCCAGGGGUGCAGAGGCAACUUGCCAUGGGUUUCGCCACUCCGAGGAAAAAGGAUGCCGAUGACAUCCAGCAGAAGCAGGACGCGAUGCUGAGCGACCAGGAUCCCUGCAAGGUCUUUGUGGGUGGCAUUUCUGACCGGGACGGCGAGGAGGAGGUUGGUGACUUCUUUUCGCAGUGGGGCCUCGUCACCCUGGUCUACCGGGACAAAGCCAACUGGGGCUUUGUGCACUUCGCCAGCAAAGAAGGUGCCAUGCGCGUUCUUGAGGAAAGCAGCAUCACCUUCCACAGAAGAAAGCUAGACAUCAAGAAAGCCUCGGAGUCGAAGAAGAUUAUGAGCGACGACGAGAGGCAUGACUUGGUGAAGCGUGCCAUCGCAAGGCACUUCCACAAGAAGACCAUGCCCCCCGCUACUCCAGGCUACCCGCCUCCGGGUGGCUACUAUCCGCCGCCUCCGGGGUACUACGGCGCACCCCCAGGCUAUCCUGGCUAUCCUCCAUCCUCCUACCCGCCGCCGGCGUACCCGCCGCAAUACCCUCCAGGCCCCUACGGGGCGCCGCCACCGCCUUCAGGAGGCUAUCCGCCCCCCCCUCCGCGAGAAGGGCAGAUGGCCUUGCCUCCUCCGGAGGAUCCUUAUCGGCAUCCAGGUGCAGCGAAGCUCGAAUCCGCGUCCUUCCGUGUCCGGCCCGGGGUCUGCGCGGGGUCUGCGCGGAAAGGGAUCCCAGAGAUCCAUAUGGCCCGUAUGCCGGUGGCGGCGGUGGCUACGACCGCGAAAGGGAGCACGAGAGGUACCGGCGUGAGGAGAGCCGCGAUCCCUACGCUCACCUUGCAGGCCCUUACGGUCCACCGCCGCAUCCGGAAGGUCCGCCCCCGGGCGCCUACGCUGCCUAUCAACCAGACCCCAGAUAUGAUCCGAGGUGCGGUCUUUCUGACGGCAUGCCAGCAGCUUUGCAAGACUUGUGGUAACAAGAGGUUGACUCGUCGAAUGUGGCAGGUGGAGCUGAUGAAGCCAUGUCAGAGCACGGCAGUCCUGCCAAGAGGCACCUUUGUGGUUUGGCCUGCGCAAGAUCCGCGCGCUGCAUCGCAUUGGCCAGCUGUCAGCUCCGCCCGGGGUGGGUCCAGCUCCAGCAGCGCCGCCGAGCCCCGAUCGGCUGCGCCCCGUGUGCUGGCGCUGCCGCUGGUGCUGGUCCCCGCGCGCCGAGCUCUCAAGGAGAUCGGUGGAAGAAAGCGCCAGCUUGUCUCGAAAGCGAGGAGAGUCUCCUGCAAAGCGUCGGGAGACGAGGAGCCUGGCGACAUCGAUAUCAGCAGCUUGCAGCAGCUGAUCCAAAAGCAGCGAUCGGCCACUGAGCUUGGCAUUUGCACCAACGACUGGCAUCCUGAGAUUUUUGAUGACGUCCCUCAAGGUUACAGGGACGCGUUAGAGGCCGGGGUGGAUUUGGUGGACGUGCUGGCGAAUGGCGGUGCGCUGCAGCUUUUGGCCGAUGCCACCAAGACCCAGCCCCGCUUCUCAGUGCGGGUGGCGCCGAAGCCCACGCUGGGACUCGGCUACAUCCUGAACAAGAGCCUGGUGCAGCACCUCACGGUCCUGAGCCCGCUUCAGCAGGCAAUGAAGAGGCUGAAUGUGGGCUACAUCGAAACUCUGACCAUCCACAGCGAUGGCCAAGGACGGAUGCAGUUCCCCUUCUGGGUCUACGACGCAGUGGUCGGGGCCUACCAGAAAGGCCUGUGCUCCAAAAUUGGUGUGAGCCACCCCAAUGCGGACGUGAAGUCUGUGAGACAGGCCAAGCAGGAGUUGGAGAAGCGGGGGGCGACGCUCUCCUGCGUCUUUGUAAAGCUGUCCCUGCUGGAGCGCGAGGCUGUUCAAUUGGUGAAGGAGUGCAAAGACGAGGGCUUGCAGGUCUUUGCCACGAACGUGUUGGGUCCAGACGAGCUCGCGUCUGGACGAUAUACAGCCGCCAAUCCCACUGGCGGUGAGAUCUCGGUGCCGCGCUUCACGCUGUCGCAGCUCAUGCCGCUUCGCCCACUCCACCAAGCCCUGGAGGAUGUUGCCAAGGGGCUCAGGUCGCGCUGCGAGAAGCCAGAGAUCGACACGACGCAGGUUGCGGUGCAAUGGGUCGUCAGCAAGGGCGCCAGUCCCUUGUGCGACGUGACCACCCAGACAAAUGCGAAGGCUGUGACCAGCUGCACAGGUCGUGAUGGCUGGAAGCUGACUCCUGACGAGGAGGCCAUGCUGGAUGCCGCAGCGGAUGAGGUGGCAAAGUCGCGCAGAAGGUGGUGA